AUGCCCAAACUAACCGUCGCCGUCGCCCAAUCCCGCACCCUCUCAACCCUCCAUGCAACCCUCUCCGCAUUAGAGCGCAUAACCCACCACGCCGCCUCGAGAGGCAUCCACCUCCUCCUCUUCCCAGAAGCCUACCUAGGCGGAUACCCACGCACCUGCGACUUCGGAUCAGCAGUUGGCUCGCGCGCCCCGCACGGCCGCGAGCAGUUCCUGGAGUACUUCAAGUCGGCCGUUGAUCUGGGCGAUACACCCGAGGGGGCCGGGGAGGAAUGGGUGCUUCGAAAACUUCCCGUAGGCACUGACGAGGAAGGAGAAGAGAUGGAGUAUCGUGGGGAUGGGACGAGGGAGACGCUGGAACGGAUUGCGAGGGAAUCGGGCGUUUUUGUGGUUACGGGCGUCGUGGAGAGGGCGGGGGGGAGUUUGUAUUGUGCUGUUGUUUAUGUUGAUCCUGUUCGCGGGGUACUGGGGAAGAGGAGGAAGGUUAUGCCUACGGGUUCGGAACGUCUCAUCUGGGCUCAGGGUUCCCCAUCUACCCUGAAAGCAGUCACGACAACCUUAAACGGCAUCCGCGUCACCCUUGCAGCGGCGAUAUGCUGGGAGAAUUUCAUGCCGCUGCUCCGGCAGAGUCUGUAUUCGCAGAAUGUCAAUUUAUAUCUUGCCCCCACGGCCGAUGGGAGGGAGACGUGGUUACCGCUUAUGCGUACUAUAGGCUGUGAGGGGAGGACAUUCGUUCUCUCUGCAAAUCAGUGUGUGAGAUAUGAUGAAUUGCCUGAGUGGAUUAGGGCCACUACCACCAUAGCUGGAGAUGAAAGAGAAGGAGAAGGAGCUUCGCUAGCUGGUAUCCAAGAACCGCUUCCAACCCCUACACCCUCAGGAACGGCGAUGGGGACGACGCCUCUUCCGUCCCGAUCUAUUCUCGAUAGUAGCGGAACUAGCACUCCAGGCAGCCAGAUAGAUCUCGAUGGAAAGUCAGGAACAGCAGGGAGAAAGAAAAUAUCACCCUUCGUCUCCCGCGGCGGCUCGUGUAUCGUCUCGCCCUUCGGAGAGGUCCUGGCCGGUCCGAUCUGGGAGGUAUCGACGGAUGAUAAUCCGGAUCGGUUCACGACGACGGAUGAGCUGGAGUCUAGCGUGGCGAUUGGGGAUGGAUUGGCUGUGUCAGAGAUUGAUGUUGAUGACUGUGUACGUGGGAAGAUGGAUUUUGAUGUUGCAGGAGGUUAUUUGAGGGGGGAUUCUUUUCACUUGACUGUUGAUGGGCUUUGUUUGGAUCCUCCUGUUUGA